CUUAUGACGUCAAGCUCAAUACACGAAUUCACGUGGAGCAAGCGUUUGGUGGCGGGAGAUUCACGCAUGGUCCUGCUUAAAGUUUAACUUUAUUGAUCGCCUUUCUUUUUUUGUGUUACGCUUCUCUACAAUAAUAGCGAUGCAACAAAACGGGGCCGCGUCCGAUCUUUCCAAACACAGCGCCAGUCAUCACACGGCAACUACGAACGACACUGCAGAAAUUCAGCAGCAGCAGAGUGAUCGGUUCACUUUCAGCACCGAGCCAACCCUUGAGGAGAUUCGCCGCAUGCAGGCGGAAUUUACCGAUGAGAGGAACUGGAAUCAGUUUCACCAACCGCGGAAUCUGUUAUUGGCGCUGGUCGGUGAGGUCGGGGAAGUGUCGGAGCUGUUCCAGUGGCGCGGGGAGGUGACCGAGGGUCUACCGGACUGGACAGAGACGGAGCGGGAGCAUCUCGCACAUGAACUCAGUGAUGUACUCAUUUAUCUGGUUGAACUUGCCGAGAAAUGCAAAGUUGAUCUACCUCAAGCUGUUCUGCGCAAAAUGGCCCUCAACAGACUCAAAUACCCAGCCAACAAAGUUCAUGGAUCAGCCAAAAAGUACACAGAGUACAAGGACUGACUUGAUUUAUUUCAUUGCUGUGGCCAACGACUAGCAUUAGAAUUGAAUAUAAGUAUUUGAAAGAGAAGAUGUUUAAGUAUCGUGUGCCUUGAACGUUUUAAAAGAGUUCACUAUGCUCUUAAAGUUGCUGAUUUUAGUCCAUUUAAACUAUAAGUUGGCACCAAUACCAAAGAUGUUUUACGUUAGGUUUGCACAUUUUUUGUAAGCAUUUUAACCCAAGGUUCAUGUGUUUUAUCAUAGCAAAAUUGCAAUUUAAGUUUUUUUUUGCUGUAUAAUGUUUUUGCCUCGCCAAAGUAAAGUGUUUUACAGCCAUGGUGUCUGUUUUUGUACCUUCAUCGGGGGAAAUGGGUACUCUUAAUAUCUGCCUAGUUAUGUUUCUUGUCAUCAAGAAAGUUAUCCACUUGGUGGCUGCCCAUAGUAAGUUAAUCGUUCUAAAUCUGUUGAAUAUGGGUCGGUUUUCAUUAGGCAGUCAAGCCUACAAGUAGGUAUUAGUAGACAACUGCUUGAAAUGAAUUUAAAGUGGACAUUUUAUGAAAAUCUGACUUUAUUCAUGUUUACGUGCUAUAA